GUUUUUCUUUUAAUAUGUAUUUAAAUAGAGGAAAGGAGUUGACUCUUCACCUGUCUGUUCAUGUGUGCUCUCAAACGUCACCAUGAAUCCUGUCUGUUUGCUAAUAAACACUAUCUAAAGAAAAGUUGCAUUAUUACAAACAUUCACCUCGACUAACAGUCUUCACAGCUUCGACUUCCUCUUCUUCUUCUUUUCAGGAGGUGAAUCACGUCAUUGCCACAAAUGCACCGCGGGACUGGACACAGUGUGAACGUGAGACUCAGUAUGAGUCUUAAUAUAGUUUGCUUGUUACAGCGUUAGAUUGGCUCAGUGGAUGCAGAAACAUGUUCCUUUCCUAUGAGAGAAAACUGCAUUUAAAAAAGUGAAAAUUGUAACACAGUGUUUGGUUGUUUCAACAUCUACAAGAAAGUCAGAGCGACAGAAAUCUAAAACUAAAAGUCACUAUGAGGAAGUGACAUCAUACUAACCACAGGAAGUAGAUGCAGCAUCUCUCUACUAAAGCACUACUUUAGAGACUCAGACAGUUGUGAGCACGAGAACAAGAGACAGGAGAAGGAGAGAGACAGAGAAUCACGAUGGCUGAGUUCAAAUGGAUUUCUUUAUUUCUUAUAGCGGCGCUUCAGUUUACAGCAGCAGCUGAAAGACUCUCCUUCACUGUCAGAGUUGGAGAUGAAGUCACUUUGCCUUGUGAAAAUGUGACAGACGGUCAGCGAAAAUGUGACAGUACUACAUGGCUCUUUGUUGGUUCAGGAUACACAGCAGUAGUAGAGCUGGUUAGACUUGGGCAGAUUGGUGAAAACGCCAAAGCUAAAUCAGACAGACUGAGUGUUACAGCGAGCUGUUCUCUGCUUAUAAAGAAGGUCGCAGUCGAGGAUGUUGGUUACUACACCUGCAGACAGUUCAGAUCAGGACAACAUCAAGAUGUUCGUGUUCGUCUUUUUCUUAUUAACAUGACUGAACAUAAGGACCCUGAUAAGGUGACGCUCACCUGCUCUGUGUUGACAUCUGGACAGUGUGGACACACAGUGAAGUGGCUGUAUGAGGGUAAAGAUGUGGCUGAAGGUAACAAAGACAUGGAGACAUCACAGACUGACUGCUACGCCUCUGUGUCUUUCCUGGAUUCUCAUUUUAUUUACACAUCGAGGUCUAACUUAUUGAAGUGUGAGGUGACGGAUACUUACUCUGGAAAAGUGCAGCAGUUUCCCUUCAGCUCUCAGUCUGCAGGUGAGAAACCAGGUUGGUGGUGGCUCAUCAUUGUGGCUGUGGGAGUUGCAGCUCUCUUAAUCAUCGUUGUGGUUGUCAUCAGAUGGAAGAGAACCAAAGGGAAAAAAACACAGAUGGAUGAAAACACUGGACUGAGCGUAAACACGGCAGUGACUCCAGAAACCAGUCAGGACACGGCUGAUCCUGAAGAUGGUGUUUCCUACGCCUCCAUCAGCUACACCAGGAAGACCAACAGUAAAGCCCGGGUUCUGGGUAAAGAUGAUGAUGAAGAUGAAGCAGUGACCUACACCACCGUGAAAGCUUCCUCUUCUUCUGCUGGUGCCUCAGCUGAUCCCAGCAACCUCUACGCCACCGUCAACAAACCAAACAAAGAAGAGAGCACAGUGUAGUUACAGCUCAUAUCAUCACAGUUAUUUUACACUGAUACUGAUAAAUGUUUUUUUAUUAGAAUUAUUUUUAUGAUCAUUUUCAGGAUGUAUUGCAGUAAAAAGCCUUCUUGUCCAGAAGAAGGGAGCAGUAGGUAAACUAGUAGCAUAAUAACACAACAUUAUAUGGCUGCUUGAAAUGUAACUGAGCAUCAUGUAUGGUACAUUUUGCUUGAUGAACUUGCUGUCAGGCACUUUAAUGUGCUGGUGCUGUGUUGUAGUCAGAGAUGUGUUAGUUUUACUGCUUUUUCUGUAUCACCUGUCAUUGUAUGAUAUGAAGUCACUUUAACAUCUAUAUCUCUGUUCAGGGUAUUUUUCAUGUUCUGCUAUGAAAGUAAUUAAAGCAAACUCAGAGGAAGUGGGACAAC